CUCUUUGCAUUAGCCGAGCGCUUAAGCUCCUCAGCUAAUAGCUAGCCAACAGCAAGAAACACAUCAGAGACGAGACGCGAGUGGUGAACUUUCGCCAAACAAACAAGCGAUAAGCCGGCUAAAAUGGCUUCUUUAGGAGAGCCUGUGCGUCUGGAAAGAGACAUAUCUCGUGCCAUUGAGCUGCUGGAUAAACUCCAGAGAACAGGCGAAGUGCCUCCCCAGAAGCUGCAGGCACUCCAGAGGGUUUUACAGAGUGAAUUCUGCAACGCCGUGCGGGAGGUGUAUGAGCAUGUGUAUGAAACGGUGGACAUAAAUAGCAGCCCGGAGGUGAGGGCCAAUGCAACAGCAAAGGCUACAGUGGCUGCAUUUGCAGCUAGCGAGGGUCACUCUCACCCCCGUGUGGUGGAGCUCCCCAAAACAGAGGAGGGGCUGGGGUUCAACAUCAUGGGUGGAAAGGAACAAAACUCGCCCAUCUACAUCUCGCGUAUCAUUCCUGGAGGCAUCGCUGAUCGACAUGGUGGUCUGAAAAGAGGAGAUCAGCUGCUUUCUGUUAAUGGAGUGAGCGUAGAAGGAGAGCACCACGAGAAGGCCGUGGAGCUGUUGAAGGCCGCUCAGGGUACAGUAAAGCUGGUGGUACGGUACACCCCUAAGGUUUUGGAAGAGAUGGAGUCCCGCUUCGAGAAGUUGAGGUCUGCCAAACGCCGGCAACAGAACAACUUCCCCCAGUAGGAUGCCUGCCCUGUGCCCCCCCCUCCCUCUUUGUCUUUAAUUCUUCUGCCAUCUGUCUUCCUCGUUCACACUUUCUCAUCCCUUUUCUCCAGCCAGGGAUUAGCCACAUGUUUGGCACUUCUUUUUGUGAAAUUUUCUAAAUCCUGUCCUUUCACACACUUCUUUCUCAUAGCAUGAACACUACCUUGGCUCUUGAUGAUGUCACUCGCAUCACAAAUGCCCUAUCGGUGCAGUAUUAAGAAUGUACUGUCAUUUUGGGGUGUCGAUUGGUUAGAUAUGCAAGGGGACCAUUGCAAUGUACAACUCCUGAGGCGAAUUGAAUGAAAACGUCAAAGUGCCUCGAAAAGAUGGCUCGGUAUGUUGCCAUCGUAGGCUGUUUCAUGGUCCAAACUCACGAGUGAACACUACUACGUCUUAGUAAAAAUGUUCUUAACAGAAUAAUCUCAAAGGAAGCAUGUAUUUUUGUAAUAAUCGGUGGUUAAUUGUGUUUAUCAUGCUUGCUUUUUUAAGUGUCUGCUUGUGGAUAGAGAUUUAAAAAUCUAAUAUUGGGUUGCUUAAAGGACAAGUUCGGUAUUUCACACUUAAAGCCCUGUUUUCAGAUUGUUUA